CACCCCAAGUCCAUCCCCGUCCAUCCCAGGUCUAACAAUAUCAGACAUGUCCACCCCAAGUCCAUCCACAUCAGACAAAGACCUGAGGGUGUGUGAGGAUGUCACAGAGGACUGUGUGGAUGUAGAUGAUGAGAUGAAUCCUCAUGGUACAGAGAAACAGCAGUUUGUCUGCACAGAGGCUCAGGCUGGACCAUCUGACUGGGAGGAGUUCACACCCGAAGAUUCAGCAGAGUCUGGAACAACUAUGUACAGGUUCAGGUGUCCCCGUUCAGGUUCAUUCCAUUGUACUCGGACUGGAUUGGUGUUUGUCGUGCAUAAGGAGGCGGGCCUUCAGUACAGGACUGUCCAAUGGGAUGAGGACCUCUUGGAGUCAGCUAGUAGGACACCCUGCAGGGCCGCUGUUCAGUAUCGAGUGUCCAGAUAACGCUGUUCGUCAGCUCCACUUCCCACACUGUGAGAUAGAACCUGCUCCGCUCUAUGAAAACCUGCUGUCCAUCGCCCACAUCACUAACCAUGGAAUGAGCUUCAUUGAUGCGCUGGAGAUCACAGACACUCAUGUGGUCAUCGAUGUCCCACAUUUGUCUUCAUUUGGCGUCAGUUCAAGGCGUAGAAGAGGAACUUCGAAAUACAUCAGACGAGUUAGUGGCCAAGUUCUGCUGUUCCUCACACCACCAAAACACACUAGAAAAUGCAAUCUCCUGUCCAUCAACGUCAACGUAGAUGACGUAAACGCUUUCGUGAAGAAAUAUGAGCCUAGAGCUAUGUACCUCAGGGUGCCUGCUGCAUGCAAACUCAUCACAGAACACAAGUACAGCGUGACUGCUGUUAUGAAGACGAGGCAAAUACACUGUAAAGAAAAAAUGUUUGAACCUGAACUUUGGACCAAAUUAUCACAUGAAUGUUUGAAAUCCGGCUUCCACCGACAACAACAGAAGUUUCUUAACAGUCAAAGACCAAAACAACACAGAGUCUGGGAUCAUAACAUGAACCUGCCUGCUCCUGCUGCAUUUAAGAGGCCUCAGCAGGAUGUCCCACCAAAGAAGAAGCUGCUUUCAGUUGGAAGGAGACAAUGGAGACAACAACUGUGUAGAAGAAGAAAAAUCGGUGGAAAAUACAAGAGGAAGACGAAGAGGCAGCUCCUCAAUGUUCUACAAGAGCUGGGAGAUGAUGAAUUUGAGGAAUUCAAGUGGUUCCUUAAUCAGGAAAAACAGGGUGACAUUCCACCGAUUACAAAGAAGCUGCUGGAAAAUGCAACAACAACACGUGUAGUUGAUCUGAUGGUGCAGAGGUAUGAGGAGUCGGGAGCAGUGGAGGUGACCAGGAGGGUUUUAAAGAACAUGAACAUGAAUGAGCUGAGGAAGAAGCUGAGAAACCUGCACUAAGGAUCAGAAGCCGCUACUGAGGAAUCAGCAGAACAUCUACCAGGGGAGAAGAUGUCUUCAGGUCACUUUGACUUGUUGAUCAUGUGACUGAUCCUGUUCUGAACCGGCUGCUGAUGACACUGACUCCGUAUACAUGCACACUAAUACUCCGAUCAUUAUCCGAUGUCUGGAGUUCUCAGAUUAUUCAGGUGAUCAUGUAAACAGGAUAAUCUGAUUGUCUUUAUCCAAUGACGGGAGUAAUCUGAUUAUGAGAAAUCGGAUUAACACACCUGGAUUUCUCCCCAAUACUCUGAUGUCUUCAUGCAUGUAUACAGGUUAAUCUGGUUUGUAAAAAAAAAAAAAAAUCUAUAUAAACGGAAGUUACGCUGCGACAAUGUGAGCCAAAGGAAAAAAGGUAAACAAACCUGGCAUGUAGCAGCAAAAAGUCAGUGAAGACUCACUUCUGGAGUGAAAAGGAAACUAAUUUUAUGCUACAACGAAUGGAGACACAUUCCAAAAGUUGUCCUUUAGAAAGUUCCAGACAAGACUGCAUGGUUUGAAAGUAACAGGAAGUGUACGUCUUAUGUCAUAACAUACGUACGUACGUACUCCGAAAGAAAUCAAAUAAUGGACUGAAAUAUGUAAAGCAGGGUUUUUUGAUUAUCGCAUUUCUAAAGUGCAUGGUGAUGCAACGCACCUGAUUAAAGCAGUAAUCGGAUUACUUCCAGUUAGUGGAUUUUUAUGGUCAUGUAAACAGACUCAUUCUGAGUAAAGCCCGGCCAAGGCCUCAUCUACCAGCUGAUUGGAUCAGAUUUAUCAGCAUGUAUUGAGAGUCCAAUCUGAUUGGCUCAGUACAGUUUUAUAUCACAUGAGAGGUUGAUGAAAACUUUUCUAUCCAAAGAAAAGAGAAUUUCUUUGUAAAACGACACAAACUCCAGCAGUGAUGGAAAAGACUGUUUCUGUUAAUGACGAUAAAGAGAAGAAAACAUUCACAUCUAAUAAACGUGUGUAAAUGCUGCUGUUGGAGUUAGAGGCACUUGUAAAUAAUGUUCUUCCCUCAGGUUUCCUUUGAGGAUUUUUUUUUUUUACCGGAAAUAUUUUAAAAUGUUAAAUUAUGUUUUUAUAUGAACUUUUUUAAUAUGAAUAAAUUAGUUUUUCAGA